AUGCCACCAAAAGCUGAUUGGGAUAAAUACGUUGCUCCAACAGAAGAUGAAGAAAAACAAGAUAAAAUUGUCCCUUUAAGUGAAGGAGAUAUACAAGUUUUAAAAACUUAUGGUGCUGCUCCUUAUGCUACAUCAAUUAAAACAAUUGAAAAAGAUUUAAAAACUAUUGAAGAAAGAAUAAAACAAAAUAUAGGUAUAAAGGAAUCUGAUACUGGGUUAGCACCACCUCAUUUAUGGGAUGUUUUAGGUGAUAAACAAAGAAUGCAAGAAGAACAAUCAUUACAAGUUGCAAGAUGUACAAAAAUUAUCGAAGCAACACAACCACAAACUUCAACUUCUGGUUUACAAAAUGCAGAUACAAAAUCAAAAUAUGUUAUAAAUAUUAAACAAAUUGCUAAAUUUGUUGUUGGAUUAGGCGAACGAGUAUCACCAACUGAUAUUGAAGAAGGUAUGAGAGUUGGAGUUGAUCGUCAUAAAUAUGAAAUUCAAUUACCAUUACCACCAAGAAUAGAUCCAUCAGUUACAAUGAUGACAGUUGAAGAAAAACCUGAUGUAACAUAUUCUGAUGUUGGUGGAUGUAAAGAUCAAAUUGAAAAAUUACGAGAAGUUGUUGAGUUACCAUUAUUAAGUCCUGAAAGAUUUGUUAAAUUAGGUAUUGAUCCACCAAAAGGAAUAUUAUUAUAUGGACCACCAGGUACAGGUAAAACUUUAUGUGCUAGAGCAGUUGCAAAUAGAACAGAUGCUACAUUUAUAAGAGUUAUUGGUUCUGAAUUGGUUCAAAAAUAUGUUGGUGAAGGUGCUCGUAUGGUUAGAGAAUUAUUUGAAAUGGCGAGAACUAAAAAGGCAUGUAUUAUAUUUUUUGAUGAAGUUGAUGCAAUAGGUGGAGCAAGAUUUGAUGAUGGAGCAGGAGGAGAUAAUGAAGUUCAAAGAACAAUGUUGGAAUUAAUUACACAAUUAGAUGGUUUUGAUCCAAGAGGUAAUAUUAAAGUGAUGUUUGCAACAAAUAGACCAAAUACCCUUGAUCCAGCGUUAUUAAGACCUGGUAGAAUUGAUAGAAAAGUUGAAUUUUCAUUACCUGAUUUAGAAGGAAGAGCAAAUAUUUUUAGAAUACAUUCAAAAACAAUGAGUUGUGAAAAAGAUAUAAGAUGGGAAUUAAUUUCGAGAUUAUGUCCAAAUGCAACUGGUGCUGAAUUAAGAUCUGUUUGUACAGAAGCUGGUAUGUUUGCAAUUAGAGCAAGAAGAAAAGUUGCAAAUGAAAAAGAUUUUUUAAAAGCUGUUGAUAAAGUUAUAAAAGGUAACUUGAAAUUUAGUUCAACAAGUGAAUAUAUGCAAUAUAAUUAA